UAUGUAGUCUAUUCGAGGAACAGUAAUGACAAACACAAGUACUCCUGUAGCAGACGAAGACAAGCUGCGAAUGGGAGCGUUUUCAUGUGACCAAUUGACCUGCUGCUGCGAUCUACAGGCGUUAGGAAAGUCCAGAAACAGAUGACUUGGAGCCCAAACACUGACGUGAUUGGUGCGGAGACCGGAGAUCAGGCCAUGAAAUGAAUGCUCUUAAUGCCAGCAAGCACGGAGAGGAGCGGGGGAGGAGGCUACACACUACAAGGAGGGAGAGAGAGCGACGGUUGGUCUCGCAGAGGACAGCCAAUCCGCGCCACCGAGCCUUGCGCGUGUCGAGGACAGGAAAAGAAAUGGCGGAUUAAAGAUAGGGGGGAGGAAGGGUUUUUUGUUUGCGUAGGCAACAAGGUGGGAAAAAGUGGGAAGAAGUAAAAGAUGCUCAGGAAAUGGCAGUAGACCCCAACUCGUUUGAGUGCGAGACCCUGACAACCCAACAAGAGACAUGGGAGGGGUGUGUGGUUGGCAUGGAGGGUCCCCCGCUUCUCCUCCUCCUCAAUCCUGACGCGAGUUCUUGCAAUCCCUCAGAUGCCAGAGAGAGAGAGAGAGACGAGAGUAUGAACAGUCAGCGAGCGGCAUCCAGCUAAGGAAAGGACGUGAAAGCUUCAGAGACGACACACGUACACGGAUACGAGCCUACGGUAAUAAAUAUUGCCACCGGUUUGUAGCAAUAAUUACAAGGGACAGGACGAGCUUGCAGGCCGUGGGAGGAGCGAAGUAUGACGCUGUCGGUUGUUCCCUGCGGCAAACCCCCCCUCUCUCUCUCUCUCUCUCUCUCUCUCUUGCUUGAUCUCCACCUCGGAGGAGACCCAUCACUAUUUGCCCCCGUCUUGAUUUGAUGACCAAGAGGUGCAACGACAGCCUUUUCCCCCACCUUUCCCCUUUCCACGAACAAAAUGGCUGUUAGGACGCCAUAUCCCCACAGCACUUGUUCCCACUCCCUUCUAAUCUCUCUUUUUCUCUCUCUAGUUCUUUUUUGGCCGCUCUAUUGCGCACCCAAAGCAUCCCAUGGGACGCCAAUUGGUGCUGCUUUUAGUGCUGCACUUGCGUGCUUAGUCCCUCUCGUCUCUCGUCCUUACUUUUCUGAGUGAAGUAAAAGCUGGACUAGUGACCCUUCUCAGAUUUUUACCCAGCUGUGAUCUGCCUUGUUUCCUUUGCUGAAUCUUACCGAUCAGCUUCCUUCUCGGACGGAUGCAUCAAGUAGGAGGUGAAGGGAUCACAGUCGUGUUAUAGGUGUGCAGAGUUUGAGUUUAUGGAGUUUAGGAAUCCUGGUGAGAUUGGGAUACCUGCCUCCUCCUCCUCCUCUUCUGGCUAUAAACCUUCUCUCGUCAGAGGAGGAUCUGCCUUUUCUAAACCCACACUCUUCCCCUCUACCUCUUUUGUCUCCCCAAGAGGAGAAGGAGACGCAGGAGGCGCGGGAGUUGGAAGUGGUGGUGUUGGAAGAGGAGGAGCAAGAAACGGUAACAUCCUCGGUAACACCGAGGCACUACCACCACCGACUCUUGAAUCCACCCCCACAGCCAUAGAUCGUCUUCCUCAGUCUCUUGGGAAGAACGCAGAUCAAGCUGCCAUCUCCAACUCGUCUCCAGGUGCUGCUGGUGUGGGUCUGUCUGCAGACAACUCCAAACCGACAACCAUCGCUAAGACUUCGACCAUCACCGCCGCCACCAGCGCAGCUUAUAUCUCCACCAAGUACAAAGAAUGCCUUCGCAACCACGCGGCCGCCUUAGGCGGCCACGUUGUCGACGGCUGCGGCGAGUUCAUGCCGAGCGGCGACCCCGACACGCCCGAGGCACUGAAAUGCGCAGCCUGCGGCUGCCAUCGAAGCUUCCACAGGAGGGAGACCGACGGCAGCGCCGGCACCGCCAAUUCCUACUACCAUGGCACGACUCGCCUGCCCCUACUGCUCCCGCCUCCCCAUCCCCAAGCGCACCCCCACCACCAGCAGCAGUUCCAGCUCGGCGGCUUCUCCUCGAGUCCGUCGGCGGCCGUGCGGGGGUUGUCCGGCUUCGUCCACUUCGGUGGUAGCAACCCCAGCGGGAGCGGGGGCACCACCACGGAGUCGUCGAGCGAAGAAAGGUUAAACACUGCGACGCCGACGCCCACAACCAUACCGAGGAAGCGGUUCCGGACCAAGUUCACCGCGGAGCAGAAGGAGAACAUGUUGGCUUUCGCCGAGAGGGUGGGGUGGAGGUUUCAGCGGCAAGACGACGCGAUGGUCGAGCAAUUCUGCGCCGAGAUUGGCGUGAGAAGACAAGUCUUAAAGGUCUGGAUGCACAACAAUAAGCACACAGUAGUUAGAAAGCAGCAGCAGCUGCAGCCGCCACCACCGGAGGAACAACCAGUGCAACAGCCGCAGUCAGCGCAGCGCCUACAGCAGUAGUCAAGAAGGUGAUGCCCUCAGCUCACCUUACUCUGCUCGGGGAGGACUCCUGCAGACGACAUGGCGGAGGAGGGGAAGAAGACGUGUCGGGUUUGAGCUUGCUUUCCUCCUCAUCUCUCCAGGUUUUCUUUGCCGACUCAAGCAUCGAUCUUUAUGUUACCAUCUGCAUUAGUAUGCCACUCGCGAUUAUUCAAGCUGCAGCCAACGUCAAAAUCGUAUCACUCAUUCACAAAAGCUUACAAUUACAAGUCUUGAGAAUGAAACUACUGCAAGCUUCUGGAAAAGUGGCCUGCUGUGUAGUCGACUAAAGGACCUUAUGCUGCUCCAUCAAAGACUUCCUUGUUUCUGUUAUCCAUCGGUAUUCUCGUGUUGUCGUUUGUCAACAUUUCCAGCUUCUCGGUUCAGAAAUGACCGCACAUAACACAUGCCGGUCUCCUGCAAAGAGCAGAAAAGUCGACAUAAGAUGAUGGCAUUCCAUGCAUCCUAUGGAUCCAUGAGUUCUAAUACUCUUCCAUGGUCGUCAUUGUCCUCUAAUACCGUCGCAACAUUCUCUAUCAUCUUGACUGCAGCUGCUUCCUAUCUUUCUAGCUUAUGGGAUACAGAUGACAACGGGAUGGGAUUAAGAUACAUGUAAAGAAUGCUCACUGCAUUCUGUGCUUCCUUUCCCUUUUGCGAUGCAGUUAGCAUGCUUUUUUCCUGGAGAACGGUGUUACUAAGCUACGGGAAAGGAAGCAAUGCAUGCUCUUGCUUGGUAAGGUCAGAUACUAUUGCUUUAAUGCGAUAGUCUGAAACAUGUCUUAGCAUAACUCAAAGCUAACAUUUUAUAGAGAGAAGAAGAGGUCAUAGUUUAUUGUCCAAACCAAAGCCAAACUUUUAUGGAUGACAUCUUUUUCCCCUCUGCCAUAUGUUGUCAUAUUAUGAUAUCAAAGCCAUCCAUAUGUUGUUGUAUAUUGGCUGAGAUUUUGUACCCCUGAGGAGAUCUUGACAUUUAUUAUCAAUAUGUACCUGACAUACCAGUAAUGUUUAGAUAUAUAACUCUGGCGAGUCCCACAGCCAUGUCGAGUCAGUAUCAGCAACACUAUUGGGCAGCUGAUAUAUUGCAGAAUGUUGAAUAGAGUGCAUUAUAUUUCUCA